UCGUCGUCAUCCUCCUCUUCCUCGUCGUCUUCAUCAUCUUCGUCGUUUACCGGCUCUUCGUGCCGGUCCUCCCAGCCGUGCUUGAACCUUCCCGACUACGGACCAACGAAAAUCCUGCCGUUCCUAUACCUUGGCUCGCAGCAAGACGCCAUGGACCACGAACUGCUGAAGGUAAACUUUUUAGCUUCUACCUACCUCAUCGCCCUCAUUCCUAAAUUCUUCUCUUUUCAGCUGCACGGCAUUGACUACGUGCUGAACAUGAGUGUCGCCAGCCCGAAGCCGAACUUCCUCGAAGAGGAACACUUCCUGCGCAUCCCCGUCAAUGACUCAUACUCCGAGAAGCUACUGCCGUAUUUCGAACAGGCGUUCUCCUUUCUCGACAAGGUCAAGGAGUUGAACGCCAGUGUAUUGGUCCACUGCCUGGCCGGCAUUUCGCGCAGUCCGACACUGGCCAUCGCCUAUGUGAUGCGGCACCUGCGCAUGACCUCCGAAGAGGCGUACAGGUUCGACAGAGAUUUGACCGAAUGGGCACCGGAGUCCAAUCCAGCGCAAUAUUGUCCCCCGUCGACGGUGUAG